UUGAAAUCGUUACCCUUGAAGAAACUGCGUGGAGAAGCGUGCAAAGAUGAAUGGCCCGGUGGAUGGCUUGUGUGACCAUUCUCUAAGUGAAGAAGGAGCGUUCAUGUUCACAUCGGAGUCGGUCGGAGAGGGACACCCGGACAAGAUCUGUGACCAGAUCAGUGAUGCCGUGCUGGAUGCCCAUCUGAAGCAGGACCCCAAUGCCAAGGUGGCCUGUGAGACGGUGUGUAAGACGGGCAUGGUGCUGCUGUGCGGCGAGAUCACCUCCACGGCCACGGUGGACUACCAGCGGGUGGUGAGAGGUGCCAUCAGGCACAUUGGCUACGACGACUCUGCCAAGGGCUUUGACUUCAAAACCUGCAACGUGCUGGUGGCUUUGGAACAGCAGUCCCCGGAUAUUGCCCAGUGUGUACAUCUGGACAGAAACGAACAGGAUGUUGGGGCCGGAGAUCAGGGUUUGAUGUUCGGCUAUGCCACCGACGAGACGGAAGAGUGCAUGCCCCUCACUAUUAUCCUCGCUCACAAACUCAACGCCCGGAUGGCAGACCUCAGACGCUCUGGGGUCCUCCCCUGGCUGCGACCUGACUCCAAGACUCAGGUGACAGUUCAGUACACCCAGGACAAUGGCGCGGUCAUCCCCAUGCGCAUCCACACCAUCGUCAUCUCUGUACAGCACAACGAGGACAUAACCCUGGAGGACAUGCGCAAGGCUCUGAAGGAGCAGGUGAUCAAGGCUGUGGUGCCCGCCAAGUACCUGGACGAAGACACCAUUUACCACCUGCAGCCCAGCGGGCGGUUUGUCAUUGGCGGUCCCCAGGGGGACGCGGGCGUCACUGGCCGUAAGAUUAUCGUGGACACCUAUGGCGGCUGGGGGGCGCACGGUGGCGGGGCCUUCUCUGGGAAGGACUACACCAAGGUGGACCGCUCGGCGGCGUACGCAGCCCGCUGGGUGGCCAAGUCCCUGGUGAAAGCGGGGCUCUGCCGGAGAGUGCUCGUGCAGGUUUCCUAUGCCAUUGGUGUGGCUGAGCCACUGUCCAUUUCCAUCUUCACCUACGGAACCUCUCAGAAGACAGAGAGAGAGCUGUUAGAUGUGGUCAGUAAGAACUUUGACCUUCGGCCCGGUGUCAUCGUCAGGGAUUUGGAUUUGAAGAAGCCCAUCUACCAGAAGACGGCGUGCUAUGGCCAUUUCGGAAGAAGCGAGUUCCCGUGGGAAAUUCCCAAGAAGCUUGUGUUUUAGAGCUGGUGGGAGCGGGGCCGAGCCUGGCCCUGGAGGCGUCUGGAUGGCCUGCUUCCUCUUCUUCAGCAUCCCAGCUCUCACAUGUCCCAGACCCAGGGCUCUGACUGCCCUCCUAGGGAGUGCCUUCCCACCCCCCACCCCCUCCUGGACCAAGCCACACCCCUAGGGUUAGCCUUGUGUUGUCAUCACUGUGAAUGGCAGGAGGCUUGCUGGUGCUGGAUGUCACAUCUCCUCAGGAGGGUAGUCACAAUGUUCCCCUGCUUUUCCCUCAGACCUAGGCCAUGUUCAUUUAGUGGAAAAACCACCCCCGUCAAGAGUAAAUCCCCUCACUCACCUCCUCCGUGAGCCGUCCGCUCCUCCCUCACAGAUCUCAGGGAUCCUGGGUGUGCCGGGUCUGCCCUUCACAUCUGUGGCCUGUGUCCUAAGCCAGGGCCUUCACAGAGGCCUUCCGGGCUAGACAUCUGGCCAAGAUAGGAACAGGGACUGACAUCUCCUAAGCGUCUACAAAUGUGUGAAGGACUGAGCUAAUCUCAUUUCUUCUUUACUGCAACAUGAUGAGGUAACACCUCAUUCCCACUUCUAUAGGAAGAAACUGAGGCACAGACUACGUAGGUAACUUUCCCAAGGUCCCACAGCCACACAUGUCAGGACCUAAACAUGAGUCCCGGAGCUCUGACUCAGGAACCCAUACGUCCCCCAGCCCCGUUGCCAUCUCAUGCCAGGUGCAGGCCUGAACAAUGAAAAAGCAGAUUUGAGAUGAAGCUGUGUGACCUCUGCCCUGAAGACCCAAGGUUGCUGCGAUUAGGGGAUUAACCCCUGGCUCUUGGUGAGCCCAGUGAUACGCGAAGUCAGGACAGAGAAGCAGCUUGUCCUAGCUCAGGUGGCCAGCCCCUUAGGGCCCUGGAAUCCUGUGUCCUUCAAGUCCUUCUCUCUCUUCAGCCUUGUUGUCUGAGUGCUGUUAGAAUAAGUGGGUGAGCCCCUCAGAUACCCCUUUCAGAGAGGCCAGCUGUGAGGCCCAAACAUCUGUGACCCAGAUGGCAGGGCUGAACUCCUAGUGGUAGACAAGUUGGCUGGGAUGUCAUGAGGGAAUCCUACCUUUGCCAGGUGGCUUCUGGGCCAUGGUACCCCUGGGACCUGAGUGGUCCUCGGUGUGCUAGGGUCUUGGAAGCUGCACAUUCACCUGCCUUUCCAUCCCUGGCCAGUUCUACCUACCCCGCCUGUCCUCAGCCUGGGCCUUUGACAGCAGCAUCUCGGCCUUCUCCCUAGCUGCCCAGACCACAGGCUGGGUGGGUGCCUCCACGGAUCCCAAGAGCUGGAGACUGGGCUUCUUUCCAGGGCGUGUGCUGCUGGUUCUGGCUGGGACAGGCAGCCCACGAAGUCUCAUCUGGGGAGCAGACUGCCUGCAUCUGGGCUCUAGGCCUGAAGCACAAAGACCCAAGGCUCUUCUCUUUCCGUCAGAGAAAAGGCAGCUCUUCCGGGAAGAAAAAAGAAGCCUGAAUUUGCAUCUAAGCCUAGAGCUUGUGUCCGUUCUGGAGGCUCUGAUGUGUCUGCGGGCACUGGUCACCCAGCAAGUCUCAAGCUCCUUCCAGGAGAGGGAGGUGCAGGUUUGUGGGCGGCGAGUUCCUCUCACUUGGGCCAUAUUAGAAGUCAAAAUCACAAUUGUAUACGUUCCCCACCCCCUAGAGAAACAAGAUCUUUUUUGGGGUCAACAUUGUUUAUAAGAAUCUAGAACCUUUAUUAAUAGCUCCUGCUAGGACAGGAUAAAUCAAACGGAAUAAACAGCACUUCAGUGAAUCAAACUGAAGGAACAACUACUCUAUGCUUAAUUUUUGUCUGCAAACCUCCAGACACCCCACCUCUGAGGAGCAUCCCCCAGGCCCGAGCAAAGGGGGGUACCCCCUCCUCUGUGUUCCCCCACCCAGGGCCCCCUGUUCCUGUCUGUGUGGGCUUCUCUGGCAUAGAUUAAGGCUUCCACAUCCCCAGCGACUGCGUUGUCACCACAUUCCUGUAAUUAUUCCUCACCACACCCCGCUGAGUUUCAUGGGGAGAACUUGAGGCCCAGAGGGUGAGGAACGUGACCCAGGCACCCGGCUGGCAAGGGGCUCCCCAGUCUCCCAAGCGCUCCAUCACCACGUGCUACCACCCUGUGGCCUGGUGCCCUCCCUGCAGAUUAUCUGCAGCAAGACUGUCAUGAGGGGAGCACUCAGGCCAUAUUGUCCGUUGGCUAAAUCACUGAAGUCAAAUGAAGGGAGUGAAGGAGGGUUUUGGUCUGCAGAGAGAUGAGCCAGACCUUUAAACAGGUUUAAAGGGGCACAUCUCCCUUUCACACACUCGGUGAGGAGAAUUAACAGGUGACAUUUGUAUUAGCAGACUGUGGGAGCAGAAGCCCCUGGAAAGAUAGUCCUUGGCGGGGGGUCGCUUCCUGCACUGUGUCCUACAAGCAGGCUGUGGGGAGAGGACCCCGUUCUGGAGAAACAGCCAGGUCCAGGCUGAGGGGUAAGCCGCGUGAGGAGGCUUUGAGACAGGCUGGUCCGGGUGCCGGGAAGGGCAGAAGUGCGGCCGAGACCUGGGAAUGUGGCAGAGAGGCGGAGAAAGCCGAAGGCCACAGGCUUGCAUGAGACAGGAUCUGUGACUUGAGCAGCCACUACAGGACCAUGCAGUGACCUGCUUUUCCUAGCAUAUAAUCCCUGUUUUGUAAGAACAGAAAGACACCAUGAAACAUUGGAAUGCUUGCCUGAGAGGGAAGGUGGUGAAGGAAUGGGCUUUAUGGGCAUCAAAGGCCAAAUGCUGAGUGAGAGCAAGAAGGACAGCCACUUCUGAGCCACGAAGCCUUCAAGGGUCACAGUGUUGUGGAAGUGGUGAAGGACAUGGGUAGGGAAGCCAGUGGGUAGGAGGAAAGCCUACCAAGGACAGUGGGGUGUCCUUGGAAGCCAAGUGAAGACGGUGUGUCUGGGGCCAGGGAGGGCUCACCCAUGGGAAAUGAUACCAGUGGGUUGGAUGAUGGGAGGCCUCAGAGGUCCAGUGACUUCAGCGUGCGGAGAUGGGUGGUGGCUGGGAAAAGGAAGGAGAGGCAUUAAGAAGAUGUAAAUACAGCCAUAUCCUCCACCCCAACUUGUAAUCCAUUGGUACCUCUAAUGCAUGCUGAAUAAAGUUAAGGGUGCGUGACCAAGCUGUCACUGUCCCAUGUGCCUGCCCAGUGUCCAUCUGUCCGCCCUCAUUCUGGGCUCCACUCCCUGCCUCCACAGUCCAGACUCCCCAGCUUCUAUGGUUUCCUCGAACAGGCCCAGUUCAUUCUCACCUCAGGACCUUUGCACAUGUCAUUCUAUGUGAUACUCUUCUCCUGUCUUUAAAUGGAUGCUCUGUCUCAUCCCUUAGGUUUCAGAUGAAAUUUCUGUCUUUCUGAAAAGCCCCUUCCUUGGUAACCUCCUGUUUGUCCUCCCAUUUUUAGUUUCUUGUUCAGUGUCUAACACAAGUGUAAAUACGAAUUUCCUUGUUUAAACCUCUUUGGGGCCAACCCCCUCACGACUCCUUCCACACCUACCCUCUGAGUCCUUCCAACCUCAGUUUACAAGUCACCCUCCAGAAAGACACUCUCAAACAUCCUCCAUAAAUCACACCCACUGCCAUCUUUAUCUGCUACUGGGCUUCAAAGGCUGUCAUGAUUUAUGGAUGUCAGUGCUUGCUUGUUCAUGCCUGUUGCCCCCACAGGACUUGGAAUUCCUGAGGUCUUACCUUGUCUGCUCUGUUUGCCACUUCAUACCUGGAUCCAGUGCAGGGCUUGAAACAAAGGGGGAGCUCAAGGUGGUCAUAGCAGAGAAUGGAUUCUCUCUUGCCCCCGGAGCCCCCCUUAGCAAAGGGAUUUUGGAAGAGGUGAGGAUCCUACUUGCCCUCUGGUAGGUUCUGUGCCAGGCUCAGGUGCCCAGAGAUAUAAAUUAGAAUUAUUCAGCAGAAUUUUUUUUUUUAAGCACUCAUUAAAGUGUAGCACUGUGACUGUGAGGACUUCUACAAUAGUUACUUGGCAUUUUAAUCUUUCAACACUAGAUGUGGACAUGGGAUGACAACAAGAUGACAAACCCCAUUUUCCACAGAGAUGCCAGAGGAAGGUGACAUUGGGCGGGGAGGCACUCAGGAGGUAUAAAUUGAGGAUGGAGAGGAGGGACCUUGGUCUGAAAGGAGUUUUGGAGUUGGCAGAGGAUGGAGGAGUAGAGAAAUGAGAAUUAGAAAAGAAUUAGCAUCUGGGCAGUGAUUGGUUGGGGUGAAAGGCUUGGGGUGGGAACUUUAGAAGAAAUUUUUGCCUGUGACAAAUUCCCUGGAGUACGUGUGACCCAGAUACAGUGUAAGAAGUAGUGUGACACAAUAGCCAAGAUAUGGAAACAACCUAAGUGUCCAUCAAUAGACAAAUGGAUAAAGAAGAUGUGAUACAGAUAUACAAUGGAAUAUUAUUCCGCCAUGAAAAAGAAGGACAUCCUACCAUUUUGCAACAACUUGGAUGAACCUUGAGGGCAUUAUGCUAAGUCAGGCAGAGGUGCCUGGGUGGCUCAGUUGGUUAAGCAUCCAACUCUUGAUUUUGGCUCAGGUCAUGAUCUCGGGAUCCUGAGAUGGAGCCCCACAUGGGGUUCCCUGCUCAGCAGGGAGUCUCCUUGAGAUUCUUUCUCUCUCCCUCUCCCUCAACCCCUACUCAUGCACUCUCUCAAAUAAAUAAAAUCUUUUUUUUAAAUAAAAUCUUUUUUUUUUUUAAAGAAAGGUAGAGAAAGACAAAUGCUCUAUGAUAUCACUUUAUGUGGAAUCUUAAAACACCAAACUCGUAGAAACAGAAGAGUGGUUACCAGUGGCUGUGGGGUGGGGGAAAUGGGGAGAUGUUGGUCAAACGGUACAAACUUGCAGUUAAAAGAUGAGUAUGUUCUAGGGAUCUACUGUGCAACAGGGUGAUUAUAGCUAGUAAUACUGCAUCAUGUCCUUGGAAGUUGCUAAGAGACUAAAUCUUAAAUGUUCUCACCACAAUCACGGAAACGGUAAUUAUGGGAUGUGUUGGAGGCAUCAGCUAACUCUACAGUGGUUAUCACUUUGCAAUGUAUAGAUGUAUCAAAUCAGCAUGUUGUACACCUUAAACUUACACAAUGUUGCAUGUCCAUUAUAUCUGAAAAAAGCAAAAAAAAAAAAAAAGUUGUAUAACAGACACCUGGUCCCUGGGCUGUGAAGUCUCCUGCUUUCUUACCAUGAUACCUUCAUGAGAGAGGUUUUGAGGAAGUAAAGAAAAGGGGUUGUGUUCUGGGUGCAAUUCACGGCAGCCCUGGAGGCAGAAAAAUGUGGGUUAAGUAAAUAACUCAGUGGGAAGCAGAAAACAACCCCAGGAAAUGGGAGAAUUCACAACCCCAGGAUCUGCAUCAAGGAGGGUGCUGGGCAUCCCCUAAAAUAAGGUGGCUGCUCAAGAGCCAUUUGAUGCGGCUCUCACAGGGCAGUGUGAAGCUCAGAAGUUGUAAGGGAAAUAACUUGCCAAAUCUGAUUUCAUAAAACACAAAGGUAAAAGAUGUGACAAAUGAAAAAUAUUGGCAAUUUCGAUAGAAUGGCAUCAGAUCGGUAAGAAGCAAUAAAACCCAGUCGUAAAUGGGCAAACUAUAAGGACAGGAGUAAACAGAUGUCAUCAAAUAAAUAGGAAAAACCACAAGAAAUGAAAGGU